UGCUUGGUACUUUUGUUUUGUCAUGUUGGUAUAAGGGUCAUUAGGGUGGUAUCGCCUGUCAUCUGUCACUUUCCUUUACACGGUUGAUAGCCGAAUUCACCACGUGCGUUGUGAAGAAAAUCAGCCUUUUUCAGUGUCCCAAGCAAAUAUAAAAAUGCCGUUAGCGGUCGAUUUAUUGCACCCUUCUGCUGAAAAACAGAAGAAAUCCCAUAAGAAGAAGAGGUUGGUUCAACAUCCCAACAGUUAUUUUAUGGAUGUGAAAUGCCCUGGAUGUUAUGCCAUCUCUACCAUCUUCUCCCAUGCCCAGUCUGCAGUCCCGUGCAAGGGGUGUUCAACCAUCUUGUGCACGUCCACCGGGGGCAAAGCUAGAUUGACGGAGGGCUGCAGUUUCAGGAGAAAGCAACAUUAAUGUAGUGUAUUCAUUUUUUCUAAUAAAUUUUAUUGGGAGUAA